AUGACGCCUAAGUGGCUACUGGGACCACCUAUAAUUACAAAUGAUAAUAAUGUUACCGGAUUUUUUGUGCCCACAGUUGGUAUAUAUAAUAGAUGUAUCCGUAUGGGCCAUGAUCACAAUCACUGUGCAUCAUUCUCUUUCUAUGGGCUAGCAACAGAUUCAACUGUUUAUCCAACUCCAUGGAAAGCUGCUAUGUUUUUCUUGUCUUUAAGCGCUGCAAUACAGUUCUCCACAGUUUUAGCUGGAGUGUUAGCGUGUUGUGUGCAGUCUGUGUUUAAGAAGAGUGUCAUAUCCCUUGCAGGGGCAACUCAAUCCCUAGGAGGUUUGUUUGGUGUGCUUGGGCUUUUGCUGUAUCCUUGGGGAUGGGGUGCACAACGAGUUAAGAGGCUUUGUGGUGAAAAUUCUGAACCAUAUAUUCCAGGGGACUGCUCACUCGGCUGGGCAUUAUUCGUGACUGCGACGGGCGUUGCCCAGAUCUUCCUAGCGAGUGCUCUCUCCAAAUCAGCGGACAAGGCCGCCAACUCGGACAAGGUUCAGUUUCAAAUGGACGAAGGGAAACAACUCAUUUGUCUGGCU